AUGGCUUCUCAGAGUUGGGUUGCAGACAGGCUUGCUGAGUGGGUUAAGACAAAUCCAGAUAAGGGAGCUAAGUUUGCUAAAGAAAAGAUAGAAGAAGAGUACAGAAUAAAGCUUAGGUACUCAAAGGCUUGGGCUGGACUUAGGCUUGCAAAACAACAAGUUCAUGGUACAUACAAUGUGAGUUUCCAACAUCUGUUCAAUUGGGCAGCUGAAAUUGCGAGGAUAUGUCCAGGUUCAGUUUUGGAGUAUGAUGUUCACAAGGUUGGUAAUAAGGACAGGUUUAAGAGGAUUUUUGUAGCAUUGAAGCCAUGUAUAGACGGAUUUUUGGAUGGUUACAAACCGUACAUUGCUCUAGAUGCAACUAGACUUCUUGGAACAUAUAGUGGUCAGCUUGCUGCAGCUACAUCGGUUGAUGGUCACAAUUGGCUUUUUUAUGUUGCAUUUGCCAUUUUUGAUUCAGAGACAACUGACAAGUGGAUGUGGUUCUUGAACAACUUGAAGAGAGCCAUAGGUAGCCCACCAGGUCUAGUAAUAUCUUCUGAUGCAUGUAAGGGCUUGGAAAUUGCUGUAGACGCAGUGUAUCCAGAAGCUGAGAACAGAGAGUGUAUGAGGCACCUAUAUGCCAAUUUUAUGAGGACAUAUAGAGGUCCAAUCUUCACUCAACAUUUGUAUCCAGCUGCAAGGUCAUACACAGAAGAUCAAUUCAAAUGGCACCUGAAGAAGAUACAUGAAGCAUUUCCAGAUGCUAUAGCAUGGCUUGAAAAUAACCAUUAUAGAAUUUGGUAUAGAAGUGGGUUUUCAGAGCUUUGUAAGUGUGAUUACUUAACCAACAAUAUAUCAGAGAGUUUCAACAAGCAAAUUAAGCACCUCAAGGGGCUCUUGGUUCAUGAGCUAGUAGAUGAACUUAGAGAGUUGAUCAUGGAAAAAAUGGCAUUUAGGAGGCAAAUUGGAAGGAAGAUGGAUGAUGGCAUCUUACCUUCUGUAAUUAUGGACCUCAACAAAGCCACAAAGAACUUGAGAGUUGUCAAGUAUGCUAAGACUGAUGAUGACUUUGCAGAGGUCACACUUGUUGACAGUGACAACAUCACUAGGAGACACACAGUUGACUUACAAAAUCAUAAGUGCUCUUGCAGGCAAUGGCAAGUUACUGGGAAGCCAUGCAACCAUGCCCUGGCUUGGAUUUGUGCCAAUAGAGAGAAAAUUGCAGACUAUGUUCACGAGUACUACUCAGUCAACAAGUUUAGAGCAGCAUAUGCUGGAAUGGUGCCACCUAUGCGAGACAAGACACUAUUACCUAUGGUUGACCUUGGAUACAAAUUGUACCCACCCAAGCAGAAGAGGGCGGCUGGGAGACCUAAAGUGACUAGAAUAAGAGGUUUCCUUGAACCUGGAAGGAAAACUGUUAGGUGCAAGAGGUGUGGAGGGCUAGGCCACUUUCAGAAGACAUGCAAAAUUGCUGAAGCAAGUGAUGAAGACACCUCUGAUGCUACACCACAACCAAAGAGGAAGCGCACAAGUGAUGAAGGUCAGACAUCAAAGAAGCGAAAGAACAGCAAGGAACAGAAGGGUGCUUCAAAGAAGAAGAAGAAGACUGCUCCAAAGAAGAAGGCUAGCAACAAGGAAAAUAAUACUCCUACUCCUGCAAAGAAGAAGACGACUCCAAAGAAGAAGAGGAAAACUCCCAAGAAAAAGAAGGCUCUAGCUGAAUCAAGUGCACCUCCUCCAAAAGUGAUAAAGAAGCUUUCAGAUUAUCUCAAAGAUUUAAGUCUUCCUUCUGAAUGA